AUGCAACUCUCCAACCUCUUUGCCCUCGUUGCCCCCUUCGUCGGCGCCGCCCUGGCCGACACCGUCUCCUACGACGUCGGCUACGACGAUGCCUCCCGCUCCCUGACGGCCGUCUCCUGCUCUGACGGUGCGAACGGCCUCAUCUCCCGCUACGGCUGGCAGACCCAGGGCCAGGUGGCGAGCUUCCCCUUCAUCGGCGGCGUCCAGGCCGUGGCCGGGUGGAACUCCCCCUCGUGCGGCACCUGCUGGAGCAUCUCGUACAACGGGCACACCAUCCACGUCCUGGCCGUCGACCACGCGGCCUCGGGCUUCAACAUCGGCCUCAACGCCAUGAACUCGCUCACCAACGGCCUGGCCGAGCAGCUGGGCCGUGUCGAGGCCACGGCUACGCAGGUUGCCGUCUCCGAGUGCGGUCUGUAG